UAUUUUGUGAACCGAGAUACGCUCUUCUCAUUUCACAAAGCAUCGGAGCAAUUUCUUCAGCAAAUCAUGGCGAUUUAUGUGGCUGCUCAUUACAAAAAUUCCCCUAAUGAUUUACAGAUGCUGAGUGACGCUCCUGCUCACCACCUUUUUGCGCUGAUGUCACCCGUAAAAGAGGAUCAGUCGUCAAUACCUGAGGUAUUAGCGCUGGCACAAGUUUGUUUGGAAGGUAAUCUUUCCGAGAAAACCGUGACAGAUGCUUUAGGCACUGGAAAACGUGCAGCUGGUGACUUACUUCCUUGGACAAUCUCGCAGCAGUUUAUGGACCACGAAUUUCCAACUUUAUGUGGCGGUAGAGUUGUUCGAAUAGCUGUGCACCCGGAUUUCCAGUCUAUGGGCUAUGGCACACGAACUCUUGAGUUGCUAGAAGAGUAUUAUCUAGGUCAUGUACCUUCCAUUGAGGAAAAUGUCAAAGAAACUGUCAAGACAGUGAAGGAUGGAAGCACCGUAGCUUUGCUAGAAGAGCAGAUUGCUCCUCGUACCGAUCUCCCGCCAUUGCUAAUGCGACUGAGUGAAAGAAAAGCUGAACGACUUGACUAUUUAGGAGUGUCGUUUGGUUUGACACUCGACUUAUUGAAGUUUUGGAAGAAGAGUGGUUUUGUCCCUGUGUAUCUCCGUCAAACCCCUAGCCCUCUUACGGGAGAGUACACGUGUGCUAUGUUGAAAAGGCUUGAUGCAUUGGAUGAAGCCGACUCGUCUCCGUCCUGGUUAGCUGCUUACUUCCGCGAAUUCCGCAAGCGACUCCUCUCCCUUCUGUCGUUUGAAUUCAAAAAGUUACCGAUUAGUCUUGGCCUUUCCUUGUUGCAAACUCGCAACAAAGAAGUUCUAGCAGCUUUGCAAAGUGACCGGAAAGUUAUCACUCGGGAGCAGCUUUCGAUGUUCUUAACCAAUGUUGAUCUCAAGCGUUUGUCGGAAUUUGCGCGCAAUCUGGUUGACCACCAGAUGAUAACAGAUCUGCUGCCAACUAUCUCUCGGCUUUAUUUUGGAGAUAAUCUAAGGGAGAAUGUGAAGUUAUCGGCAGCUCAAGCUGCAGUAUUGUUAGGCUUAGGACUACAACAUAAAAGUGCUGAGGAUGUGCAAGAAGAAUUGGAUCUCCCUCAAAGUCAAGUGCUUGCAUUCCACUCAAAGACAAUCAGGAAGUUAUCGGAUGAGUUUGAUGCUAUGUGUAUGGAGUCAUUGCGUGAGCUCCUUCCCGAUAAGACUCACAAUCUUGAUAAAGAGGAGCAAGCGGCAGCUGUCGCUCGCUUAAAGCCGUUAGCUGAAAGCUUAGAGGAUGAAUUGAAUAAAGCUGCUGAGGAGAUUAGAGCACGCCAGCUGAAGGACAAAAAGGCUCUUCUGGAAGAAACUGAUGGCGAUUUGUCGCAAUAUGCUAUUAAUGUUGAUACUAAGACCUUAGCCAAAGCAAGCGAUAUCAAAAUGGUUUACAGUCGACCACUGAAGAGUGGAAAAAGGGAAUCAAAAGAGGACGGUGGACCGAAAAAGAAGAAGAAGAUGUUUAAGAAAAAAAGGUUGAUCUGA